AUGAAAUCUUCGAGGAAAUUCAGCCGAAGGUUUCUUGAUUCGGUGAUUGUUUUGCCUCGUUUUCUGUCCAAAACCAAUCUUGAUUUGUUUCUUUUGCGUUUCUUGAAUAGGGUUUUGUUUGGAAUCUCAUGGAUUCUUGUACUAUCCUAUUUGAUUCUUGAUCGAAUGAAAAGCUUGAAGCUUUUAUUUACAAGACUGAAUGAUCUAAUGGAGUCUAAAGGUGGGAAGAAGAAGUCUAGUAGUAGUAAAUCCUUAUUUUACGAAGCUCCUCUCGGUUACAGCAUUGAAGACAUCAGACCUGCCGGUGGAAUCAAGAAGUUCAGAUCUGCUGCGUACUCCAACUGCGUUCGGAAGCCAUCCUGA